AUGACUGGGUCCAUACGCCAGCGCGCUGACAGCACUAUUACUCAGGCCGAGUUCAAUGGCGGCGCCGUGUCGAACGAAAAAGGUCCCGCACUCCUGGAGAUCGAUCCUCCGCCUCAUGAAUAUGGGAUAUCGCUCACCGUGACCACACCCGGUAUCCCGCCCGGGCCCAGGUUGCACUUCACUGGUCCUUCCGGCGGGCGCGUUCUCCCGACCUUCAGAGGUACCGGCCGCUACGGCACUAACCUCUAG